AUGACCCGCUCGUGCGUCCCUUCGAGCACUGGCAGCGAUAAAAACGUUAAAACGAUGGACGAACGCAUCGACGCGUUGGUUUUGCGAUUACACGAGAUUGAAGCGGUAAAAUUCGGCUCGUUCACGUUAAAAUCCGGCCUCCAAUCGCCGAUAUACAUCGAUUUACGCGUGAUUGUAUCGUAUCCGGACGUGUUAACCGCGGUGGCGGAGUGCAUGUGGGACGUUUUAUCGAAUAAUGGAGCGAAGUUUGACAACAUGUGCGGGGUUCCGUACACGGCGCUUCCGAUUGCUACGUGCAUGUCUUUGAACCACGAUUGUCCGAUGCUCAUGCGAAGGAAAGAGGUGAAAGAUUACGGGACGAAGAAGGCGAUCGAGGGUGCGUUUGAGAAAGGGCAGACGUGUUUAUUGGUUGAGGAUUUAGUGACGAGCGGGAUGUCGGUGAUGGAGACGGUGCAUCCGUUGCAACACGUCGGGUUGAAGACGACGGACGUGGUGGUUUUGAUCGAUCGAGAGCAAGGUGGGGAGCAGACGUUGAAGAAGAACGGGUUGAAAUUGCACGCGGUGUUGCCGUUGAGCAGAGUGUUGAAAGUUUUAGAGAAGGAAGGGAAAAUGAGCAAGGAGUUGGUGGAGGAGGUGCAACAGUUCAUCGCGGCGAACCAAACCGGAGGCGACAAGCCGAAGGAAGAAAAGACGAAAAGAGAAACGUACGCGGGAAGAGCGAAGAUUGCUUCCAACCAGUGCGCGAAAGAUAUGUUCCACUUGAUGGAGAAGAAGAAGUCGAACUUGUGCGUUGCCGCGGACGUGGACACGGCGAAGGAAUUGCUCGAACUCGCGGAAACGUUAGGCCCGGAAAUUUGCAUGUUAAAGACGCACUGCGAUUUGUACCCGGAUUUCACGGAAGAUUUCGGCGAAAAGUUACAAGCGAUCGCGAAAAAGCACGACUUUCUCAUCUUUGAAGAUCGUAAAUUCGCCGAUAUCGGCAACACGGUCGUCGGGCAGUACUCCUCCGGCGUGCAUAAAAUCGCCGACUGGUCGCACGUGACCAACGCGCACAUCGUGCCGGGAUCCGGGAUCAUCGACGGGUUAAAAUCUGUCGGUUUACCCAAGAAAAGAGGGUUACUUCUCCUCGCAGAAAUGAGUUCUAAAGGUACCAUGGCGAACGGCGCGUACACCGAAGCUGCCAUCCAAAUGGCCAAAGACCACAAAGAUUUUGUCAUGGGUUUCAUCGCGACGAACCCAAACGCCUGGAAAGUCGAAUGGUCUAAAGGCUUGAUCAACAUGACGCCAGGCGUGCAGUUACAAGUUGGCGGCGAUAGCAUGGGCCAACAAUACAACACUCCGAUGAAUGUAAUCUGCAACAACGGCUCGGACGUGAUCAUCGUCGGGAGAGGUAUUUAUAAAGCGCAAGAUCCAGCGAAAGCGGCGAGCGAGUAUCGAAAAGCCGGAUGGGAGGCGUACGAAAAAAGCGUCAAAUAA